AUGCGGGGCGAGACGACGACGAAGCGCAAGUCCAUGCUGCCCGAGGUCCGGCGGCGGCGCCUGGCCUACGACCGCGAGGCCAAGCGCGUUGCCCGGCAGACGUACCUCUGCGAGCGCGACCAUCUCGCGGCGACGAUCACGCGCCUCACGCACCAGCUCUACGCGCUGCGGGGCACGCUUCUGCCAUGGAAGGAGGUCGCGGCCGCGCUCGACAGCACGCGCGAGACCACAUGCAAUGUCAACGAAGACCUUCGCCGCCAGGUCACCGAGUACGGGACCGUCGCCCAGCAGCUGCAUGCGUGGGUUGCGGCCAUGCACCCGGCCACGGGGCUCGGCAGCGCGUCGCCAUGGCAUGCCGUGACGCUCUCGAGUGAUGCGUACGUUCGCCGCGUCGGGUUUGCGUGGAUUGGCAAGCAGCUGCGCCACGCCGCCGAUGCGCAGCUGCCGCCGAGCCUCUUCCCAUCGCAACCGACCGACGACGACGUGCGCAUCGAGUGGGACAUGGCUGGCCGCCGCUUGAUCAAGCAAAAGGUCAUUCGCGGCCGGCGCCAGGACGUGGCCAAAGCGCUUUGGAUUGUCAACGGCGCGACCGCCAGCGGGCUCCGUGGCACGCCCAUGGACGUCGAGAUUGUGUACCGGGAUGGACCGGACUCGGAUCGCCUGCACUACGUUCAGGAGCGGUACCGCGGCAAACUCAUUCAUGUCCUCCACAAGUCGGUCGACGAAGGCGACCGAACCCUGAGUAUGUUUCGGACCAUUGCAUGCGACGCCCUGCGACCCACGCCCGCGCCCGACGAGACCUUUCAAGAGUGGAAUGAGAUCCGGCAACUCUCGCCCGAAGCGUGCUUGCUGCGCAGCGUCUGCGUGCUCCAGCCCGUCGCAGCGUACGACUCGAUGGCAGCGUACGCCCGGUCGCUCUUCCCGGACGUGUACCGCGCCGUGGCUGGCUCGGCGUCGCCAGAGAUCCUCGAAGCCUGCGUGGAGCGAGCACUCCGCACGCGCACGCUGCGGCAAACCGAAGACUACUUUGCCAACGUUACCGCCGUGCUUGAGAGUCUUGUGGACCCGCUCACGAUGCAGUACCAAACGCGGCUGUAG